UGACGUCAUUACGUAAGCGUGACGAAAGUUUUACUUGAUCGUGUUCGUUUUCACAAAUCGUUGUUCCCUUGCUUCUCGACCUGAUUUUGUUAGUGAUAUUGAACUAUUAUAUGUUGAACAAUGGGGCGAUCGUGCUACGUGUGCAAAAUAAACUCAAACAACCCAGAAUCUGUUGAUAUAUCAUAUCAUAGACUUCCAGCUGAUCCAGCUAAGCGCUUGAUAUGGAUGUCACUGCUUGGCAUUGAUAGCCAAACGAUACUUAAUAAAGAGAUACGUAUAUGCAGUAAGCAUUUUCGUGACGAGGGUUUUAAAUAUGAUCUUGCUGGAAGAAGGUUUUUGAAUGAUGGUGCUGAUCCAAUAAAUGUUCGCCCUCUCCUUGAUGAGGGGGAGGAUGUAAGCACUGAUUCAACAGUAACAGUUUCUCCAUCGAAGGAAUCUAGCUCAGAAUCCUAUAGUGCUCAAGGAAGCCCUGUCAGAAAGUGAUUAUUUUGCUCAAGACCACCAUACGUCAAAGCGCAGGGUGAGGGGAAGGAAGGUUGAGAAAGUGGGACCAUUUUGUGUCGCCAGCUGGACACCUUGACGGGAAAAGUCAGCUGUCCCACUCCAUUCGGGACAUUUAGUAACGUUAGAUAGGCCACCUAGGCUGUGAGAUACUUCAUGGCAUUAAUUAUUUAUUGUGAUUACACAUUUUAAAUUAAUUUAUUAUUGAAUUGAUAUGUGGAAUGAAAAGGUCCAGUGCCAAAGUAACUAUUGUAUUAUUAUACUCCCAUGCGAGCGAAGCCGCGGGUUUAGGCUAGUUUAUAUAUAAUUGCUAUGUUAUCAGCUUAAACAUUUUCAUAUUUCGCACAUUUUCAAAUCCGUGUAAUGUUCAUUGCCAACAGUUGGCAGCAGUUACUGCUGAUUGUUAACAUAACUUGGGCUGGUGUGAUAUCCCAUAUUUACAUAUAUUUUUUGUUGACACAUUUCCUAAUGAGAAAGUCAAGAAAAUUUUAUUGUGCACUGAUUGAUCUCCAUAUAAAAUAUUUAAUAAACCAUCAAAUA